GGGGGGGGGGAUCACAAGACAAGCAGAGACACGGAGAGAGUCGAUGUACAGCAAAAGGCCGCAUUGCCAGUGGUGUUGCGCAUGAAUGAGAGAAACACACAGACUUCUUCAGAUCUGCUCACCCCCGGCUGGCGACCUCUGACUGGGUCACGAAGAACUCCAGAGGGGAAGAGGAGAUUAUCCUGCUUGACCUUUCUACUGCUCACUCAGCUGUCAAUGUAGUUUUACGGCUUCAUUUCACAGUUUUGUGGAUUGGUAAAUUCAAGUGAUCCAGUUGAGCAUCGAUCGCUGGUUUGGUUGGAAAUAUUCACCUGGCUCGGCUUCUUCAUGCCCGUCAUGAGUGUACCAGCCCAGCAGAAACCCAGCGCCAAAAGAACGGGCAAACGAAUCACAUUUUUCAGCGAUCAAAGCCUAGCAAUGAAGGAGACGUCGCAGCACCCCGAGGGGUCCUACUAUGUCCCGGGUGGUCCUGCCUCAGACCCCGGACAGAGCGAGGCUGCAAGUACUGUGACUUCCAAUCCAGAGGCCCCUCACAUGUACCUCAACUCUGUUAUCUUCAGCCCAGAUAAAGGGGACCAGAGCAGGGGUCAUUAUCAGCAGACUGUGCCUAUGAAAUGGGCCCACCAGGAGCCCAGUCAGCAGCAGCCAUCUCUGUCCCAGCAGCAGAGAGCUGCCUCCUGGAAUACUAUGACUAACUGGGGACAAAACUUUUCAAAUUACGUAGGUGGAGUUAACGUAACAGACUCAAGGACCCAGAAUGCAUUUGUGAAGUCGAUGCAUGAGACAACUGGCUUACAGCCACAUCAACAGCCCCCUAACAGAGCUGCAGACAAGCAGCCUCUGGGGCCUAACCCUACAGUUGAAGCGUACAGGGAUGUUGUUAAGGCUCAGGAGCUGGAUUGGGAUCAGCAGCAGCAGCAGACGCAGGCCUUUCAGGAGACGUUAAAACCUGGGGCGCUGAACACUCAGCAGCACAGCACAUCUCACCCAGGGGGAAGCUCAGUCUUGCAGCCCUUUCAGUUGGCCUUUGGUCAGCCCAAGCAGCACCUGCCAGCGUACUACCAGGCCUUUCAAGGCAACAGGACGACGCUACCUAACCCACCAAACUACCCAACACAAGCAAAACCCCCUCACCAGUUGCAGCAGCUGCAGAAGCAAGAGCAAAUACGCCAGCAACAGCAACAACAGCAUCACAUACUCCAGCAGCAAAUUCAGCAGCAGCACCAUCAACAAAUGCAGCAGCAACAAAUCAUUCAGCAUCAACAGCAUGUACAGCAACAGCUUCAGCAGCAGCAACACAUGCAGCACGAGCAGCAGCAGCAACAAAAGAUACAACAGCAGCAGCAGCAGCAACAGCUCCAAAUUCAGCAAAUGCAACAUCAGCAGUUGCAACAACAAAACCCUCAUGUGCUUGACUAUUACCCCGCAGCACAAAAUGCACACCCUCACCCGCAUCCACAGCCUGUGGUGGUACACUCCCAGGAGUCCUCGGCUCCAGCUCCCCUAAAGAUCCAAGAGCCAAUUAUCCAGGACAUCACCCCAGAACCCCUGCAGCCUUCAGAUCCACUGCCGCCCACUCUCCAGCCUGAGCCCCUGUCUCAAUCGCAACCACAGACACAAUCUCUAACGCAGCUUCGCAGAUCACGACGGCUCUCAAAGGAAGGCGGAGCACCGUCCGACAACCCUUUUCUCUCUGUCUCUACGGAUCAGGCUGCCCCAGGAGGGCCGCAGGGCUCACAGAACGGGGCCUCUGACAUCCAGGCAGCCCCGACAGGCGUCAUCCAGAGCACGCGGAGGAAACGCAGGGUGUCCCAGGAGGUCAACCUGGAGACCCUUGCUCAGAAAGCAUCAGAAAUGGAGUCUCUACCACCACAUAUUGUAAAGGAAUCCCACCGGUCGUGGAGUCCCUCUGAAACGGGGGGUUCGAACAUGAAGCGGCCUCGAGACGACAGCCUCCUCCCGCUCGUCAUCCCCGUGUCUGUCCCUGUGCGAAGGCAGGAGCCCUCCUCUCCCGACAGAGAUGAAGCAGCGCUGGCGUCCAGCUGGCCCCCGAGGCCUUCAAACCCCCAGGACCUCGGCCGCGCCGACCACAAGCCCUCGGUCAUCGUCACCCGGAGGCGCUCACUCAGGAACUCCUUAUCGGAGAGCUCAGAUCAGAAUGGAAGAACUGAAGGGGAGAAGGACGAUGACGGCAAAAAGUCAAAACGGCGUCCGCGGCCCGAGCCUCUAUUCAUCCCGCCGCCCAAACCUGGUUUAUUCAUCGCCCCUCCUAUCUACUCCAGCAUCACACCCUACCAGAGCCACCUACGUUCCCCGGUGCGCCUCGCCGAAAACCCCCUCUCCAUUCCCCCCUACACCCCUCCGCCAAUCCUCAGCCCUGUCCGCGAGGGCUCAGGCCUUUACUUCUCCACUUUCCUGUCGUCUGCUGCAGCCAGCUGCCAGGGCCUGCAACCUCCUGCAACACCCAAGUCGGCAACACGCAGCCUGUUGCGCUCAAACAGCUGCGACAUCACACCGCCAGUUCUGUCUGCUAUGAGCGAGGCCACUCCGGUCAGCAUAGAUCCACGGAUAAACAUUGGGUCGCGGUACCAGGCCGAGGUGCCGGAGCUGCGGCAGCGGUCGGCUGUCGAGCUGGAUCAUCAUCGAGCGGAGCUGCUCUGGACUCCGCUGAAUGAACUGGAGGAGAAACCUGACUUCCAGCAGAAGGUGCAAGACCUCAUGCACCUGGCCUGCUCCAGUGUUUUGUGUGGAGGAGGCACCAACCAGGAGUUGGCCCACCAUUGUCUGUACGAGUGCAAAGGGGACAUAAUGGCCGCUCUGUCCCUCCUCAUGCUGAGGAAUCCAGUGUUCCCCAAAUCUCAUUAUCUGGCCAACUAUCACUACUCAGGAUCAGACAGCUGGACUGCCGCUGAGAGACGCCAGUUCAACAAAGGCAUCACUGCGUACAAGAAGGACUUCUUCAUGGUGCAGAAACAGGUGAUCACUAAGUCAGUGGCGCAGUGUGUGGAGUUUUACUACACGUACAAGAAACAUGUGAAGAUCGGCCGCAGCGGGAUGCUGAUCUACGGUGAGGUGGAGCCUCUCGACAGCAAGACCACUGAGGAGGAGACGGACCCCAAGGGCUCUCAAAGGUUGGAGCCGCAGAAGGAGGAGGACAGCAGGAAGUGGGAAGGGUCAGCUGACAGGAAACAGGAUGUCGGGCCCACCAGGGCGACACACACGCAGCAGUCCGCUGAGAAUCCCGGGACCGUCCUGAUCAUGAAAGGCCCAGAGGACGUGGGGAAGGAGCAGCCAUUGUCCCGGGUCACCCUCCCCCCUCAGCCGCCCCCUCCCGGCUCCAAACCUCGCUACGACGGCCCCGCACGUAAGACCAGCCCUUCGACGGGUAACAAAGCCUCAGCUGGUCAGGAAGGAGAGUUCCCCUGCAAGAAAUGUGGCAGGAUUUUCUACAAGGUGAAGAGCCGCAGCGCCCACAUGAAGAGCCACGCCGAGCAGGAGAAGAAGGCCGCAGCGCUGCGGCAGAAGGAGGCCGAGGAACGAGCAGCGACCGAGGCUGCCGCCGCCGCCGCCCUCGCCGCGCAGCAGAACGGGACGCGACUAGUGGGCGGGGACAGCACCAACGAUGACUCGUCGGGCGGGGAGGACGAGGACGAUAAGGACUGGCAGUGAGCGAAAGGACGCACACACUGACUGCGGCGCGGCUUUACUCUCUGGGACGGGAGGAGGGAAAUUAAAGAAAUAAGUUAAAAAAAAUCCCUCCUGUGGACUUUGUCUUUAUGUUUUGGAACAAGAAGACUUCCGUUGCGUGGCACAUUCAGGGACAGAUUUACUCCCGUGUGUGUGUGUGUGUGUGUGUGUGUGUGAGACAAGGAGUGUGUAUGUGUGUGUGUGUGUGUGUGAGACAAGGAGUAGUGUGUAUGUGUGUGUGUGUGACAAGGAGUGUGUAUGUGCUUUUCCAAAACUCACCAACGCCCCUUUACUCUGCUUGAAAAGCUUUUCAAGAGUUACCUCUCAUGGUCACAGGGCUCGGUCAAAUCAAAGCCAUGCCGCUUCUCUCGGCGCUCUCCUGCUCUUCGCCCGGCACUUCGAGUCUCGCCCAUCUUCGCUCGACGGGCGAGGAACUUUAGUUCUCUCUCUCUCUCUCUCUCUCUCGAUUUGAGCCACAGCUCGCGCUUGCUUAAGCCGCAUCCCAUCUGGAUGAAGUUUUGGCGUUAUGAAGACUGAAAUCUGACAGCUGGGGGAGUGCGGCGAGGGGAUUGGACGGAGGGUUUCUCCGCUCUCAGGCCGACAGAUGGAUGGAUGGCAUGUGCAAACUGUUGCCUUUGUUUCGCCACUCUUCUGCACUCAAGGCUGCCAAAAGCUUUCUCAGACGCAUGAUGUGCACCAAAUGGGUUCCUUCUCUCUCUGUGAGCGUUGUUCAUUUGGGCUUUAGUUCUUUGUACCCCCCCCCCCCCCCCCCCCCCCCCCCCCCCCCCCCCUCUCA